UCGGAUGGAAAAAAUAUCGAUAACGCGUUGUCGAAAAGUAUCUGGUUCGUCGCGUAGAUCACAUCUGUCUGAUCACAAUUUAGUAGUAUUUCAAUAGUUUCUUUGCCCUCUUAGAUGUAAAGUAACUUCCUCGAGGACUUGGGGAGCAUUAUUGCAUAACUAAAUGUAUUUUAUCAGUAAAAGUUCGCGCGAUGGAGACGAUCGAAAGUGGAGCCAACCAAUCUAAGAUCAUGAUCAGCAAUUGACGGGCCUCGAUCCAAUCGGGAAAUUAUAUUUUCGUAGAUCAAUGUCCGCUUUGCUGAUUUUCCGAUUUUCACUUUUCUCGCCGAUUGUUGUACCAAUACACGGGGUUGCAUGAUCGGUCGGUCGAUCCUCUGCACGAGAUUGAAGUUUACUUUUAGUGAAUUUUCUUUCUUUUGACUAGAUCCGUUGCGGCAAUCAUCAUAUGUACACGCGAGAGUCCACUCUAUUCUAUUCAAAUCUAUUCUGUACUUUGUGUCCAUACGAAAAUAGAUAGAAUUUUGUGAUUUUAGAACCGUAAAAAUAGAUUGUUUGAAUCUAAAUUAGCUUGAAAAGCGUUUGUGUAUCCAAUACUCGUUUUUGUGCAUCGAAGUACAGCUUUCGCGAUCUUUGUUACGUGGCACCUCGCAGGAACUUAGUGCGCAAAAAUGUAAAGAAUUAAAAAUGUCGAACUGACCGUGGAUGAAAGUGCAGUGAUGAUAUUGAUUGGGGAGGAUCUCUGAAUGGAAUUGUGAUUGUGUCUGGAAGAAGUAACCAUUUUAGGAGGUUCACCACUCGAAUUUCUGCCUUAGAAGGAAAGAAAAGGAAUCAUGGCCUCGUGAAAGAAAAUUCUCCGGUAUCAUACGUCAAUGAAGAAAAUCGUGUGGGUGGGAAUGGCGUAAGUUUCUGUGCUUGUGAAAUAAAGCAAAAAAAUGUUCGUGUGCGUUUGUCAUAUAUGAAAAAUUGGUGAUGUAUGUGAAAUCGUGGUGGCUUGAAAAACGAAUUAAAAAAGUAUCUGCGAUAUAUAUGAGCUAUAAUUAAGAGAAAAAGUAUAUAAAGGAAAAACUCCCUGCAGUAGUGAUGAAUAGUGGUAAGAAAAGCGGUGAUCAACAGCAACAAGAUCAACAACAGCAGCCUUCAAAUCCAAAUAGGAAUAAUCGACCAGAGUUAACAGCUGAAUGGACAGUUCAUGCUCAACUAACCAUAUCUCGUCCUGAUAAGGAAUCAACAGCAGAUGACCAACAGAACCCCCUUCGUGUUGUGUACAAAUGGAGUUCUGAUAAUACCAAACCAUCAACUUUCACUUCAGGCAACGAGGAUCAAACACGACCCUAUCAAGAGACAAGCGAUUCAACCCCAAAAGACCAACAUGAUAGCUUUCAUUCGACUGCAACUACAACCGAUAAAUUACCUUCUGAUUCUGGACUCAGUAGUUCCAACACAUCUAGGAAGCCAUAUGGCGCACGUUGCAAAAGCACUUGUAGCAUUGUACUAUCAGCAGUGGCUGAUUUUCUUCCUUCAGCUACUGAAAUACCAGAAGAACCAGAUCCUUUCUAUUUUAAUACCACAUCUACUUAUAAUGUGCUCCCAGAUCAGACAACUGAUGACCCAACGAAUGUAUCCCAGAAUUUUGGAUCAACAAAAACUCUAUCGUUGCGUGAUGCAUUCUGCCAAACAAGUGACACAGAAUCGACAAAACUACGAGCGCACAGUUUUAAAAGUAGUGCUAACUCGAAAUAUGAAAGAAAACCACGACAGACUUAUGAUUAUCGACGUCAGACUGAAUCAAUGUUGCCGCCACCCGUCGUUGACGAGGGAGACCCAUUUUUGCCCUCUUAUACAAAAGGCUCCCCACAGCAACCAUACUAUUCAUCGCAGACAAAUUUACGAACACCUGGUAGUGGAAUGCCCACAGCAAUGGGAGGAUUGCGAGCAGACAGUGAAGGAAGAGGAGGACCAAAGUCGGAUACGACAAAGAAGCCACCACGGACAGUUCACAUUGAUGUCUAUUGUACAGGCUCGGAUGCUGAAGAUGAUGAUGAAGACGACGUUGAUGAUGCAUCGAGUCAAUCAUCAUCCAAUAAUCCCAAUGAGAUAGAAUCAAAUUCAACACCGCAAACGGUUUUUGAUACAGAACAGAUGCAUCUGCGGCAUCAACGUGCCGGUAAAAAUGAACUUCCGCGGCGUCUGAUGGCUCAAUCGCAACAGCAGCAACAACACUAUCAACAACAACACCAACAGAUACACAGUAAGCAACAACCGCAGUCUCAUCUGCCGUCCGCCCAGACACAUGCCUUCGAGUCAGAUUCGCCGAUCGGGGCGCAUUUAGGUCAUGUACUUAGCCAUUCGAAUACAGCUGAUGAAAUAUCUGAAUCAAAACAGAUCUUGUUUAAGAAACACAUCGGCGAUCAGAGGAAUAAAUUCAACUUCCGUAAUCGAUAUUUCCGACGUGAUCAGAGUGAUGAUGCGAUAAGUUCAAAUUAUCCGAAUUCAUCUCGAUCGACAAUGCGUGAUAUGACUUGUAGCAGUAUCUCAAGCGCUAUAGCUUCGACAUCGGCUAUAUAUGAAGAUGUUGACACAUCCUGGAAAGAAAUUGAACCUGAAAUCGCUACUGUCACUAGUUUAGGAAAAUCAGAUAGUUUUGAAUAUGACAAUUCAAUCGAUCGGAUGCGAAUCAGGAAAAUGGAAACUUUAUGGUCACAACCUGUAAGUGAGCACAGAAACGACCUUACAGUACCACAAAACCCGCAACAAAAACGAAUUCAAGAUUUCCUGCAAAGUUAUCACCGUCCACCACGAACGUAUCACGACACUCUGUCUUCAGAAUAUGAACACGUUCUAGAUUCUGAUCAUCCAUACUUUUUCAAUCGUUCUACUAUACCUGAACGUGAUGAACCUGUUGACCAGCUUGAAGUUCCAGCCACACCUCAAACUCAUCGAAUGACGCUGAGAUCUGGGUAUACCACUCAGCCGCAAACUUCAGCAGGUAAAUCGGCGCCUGGGUCCCCUGGAAGACUGAUUUAUGGACCGGAGUAUGUGAAGAGUGGCAGUGAAACGUCGACUCUUCUUUCAAAUCUUUCUGGUUACACGACUGAUUACUUGCAAAAAGCAAGAAGAUUUGGCGCCGUGGUUACGGCGCUCCGGAAACCAGGACAUCACGUUGGACCUGCAAAAAACCCAGACUGCCAAUGCGAACAUUGUAGACGUUGGAUGGCAGAGAGAGUCGAAGGACGCGGUCGGGCGUACUCAACAGGUGAUACGCCGUUUUCACAAUCACAUUUCUGGCUGAGACGUUCAACUCCAGGAGUUUAGUCAAGACAAAUAGAACGAAAUAACAAAUUUUUUGACGCCAUAUUGUCGUCUAUUGCUCAAAAUGAAACUUUUACCAAUGCAUACGUUAAGAAAGUGCUAUGGGCUUAGGCAAAGCUUAAAAUAUUAAUUGCAGUUAAUCAGAGCCAAUGGUACUCUUAGGUUUACCUGCAGCAGUCAAUUAACAUUUGGAAAAAGCAAUAAUAGAGCUUUAAAUGACACAAUUAGUGCAACAAAAGAAAAUAUUUUUCCAGAAUUUUUUUUUCAGUUAUAUGCAUUCCCCACUUUUUUUCUAUCACACUUUUAAUUUUGUAUCCUCUUUUUCGAAUAUCUUUCCGUUCUCCAACAGACAAGUAGGUGAUACUAAGCUUCCAUGACUUUCUUCCAAUUCGUCACAAUCUUUGAGUACAAAGUAGUGAGAAACUCAACGCAUUAUUAAAACUGAAAUUCAAUAUCAAUUCUAACAAAGGACAUCCGUUCGAAUGAAACUAAUGAGCACGACUAAUAACGGACUUACAGCAUUUAUACAUAGAUACAUAUUAUGUGAAAAUAGGUUGCAUAGCGGAAAGUUGAUAUGAUUUGAAGCAAUUGAAAGCUGUUUAUAUACAUACGCAACGAAACAUUCUUUGUUUUUUGAAACAUUUGACAAUGCGAGUUUACGGUUUGUUCUUUGUGAAAUGUGGAUCCACACACUAAAAAGUAUCCUCUGAUAUAAAAAUAUUGCCUAAGAAAAUGUGAAAAUUGUAAUGAUUCGAUAUGCUACUUUUGAAAUUCCUGUAAACUUAAGAUAGGGAAUUUGUAAUGUAGAUAUUGUGAGAGAAGAAUGUAUUAUAAAUGAAGGUCUCGCAGAAGUACUGAAAUACAAGAAGAAAUACAAGCUGUUUUAAGAAG